GCAGGGUGAAAAACCCAAGGGAAAAAAGAAGCGAGGGUACCUCUGGGGACAUGUACAAUAGGUUAUUCAGGGGAGGAAGGAAGCAGGAAUUUUCUUAAGGGCAGGCAUUCAGCUAAACGGGGCUGGGCCUCACAGAGAAUGGAGAUUUUAAGUGGCAAUUUAUUCCGCUAAUAAAAGGAGAAGGCUGCAGGUGCUCUGGCAGGGCUGUGCGCAGGUGAGAGCCGAGGACGAGCAGGGCCGGCCCCACAGCCAGGAGCGUGCUGGGGCUGUGACACCCCCUGGGGGUUCCACAUUUACUGGGGUCUUCUCCCCUACCUCUGGAUUGUGGCUAUACCAAAAGCUUUGCCCACACCAGUGUUCAUGCAGUGGCUCUGACUGCAGGGAAAGUAGGUGAUGAGAGGGAUUUUACCCAGAUACUCCAGCUGCCCCUGCUCCAGCAGCUUAGGGAAGGAGCAAAAAUACCCCAUGGGUGCUGCCAAGAACCCUCCUGCCUCAAGGGUGGGCUGCCCAGCACCAGGCCCGUCAUGCCAGGACAUUUCUUGGUCACACCCCAGAGCCCAGACUGCACACGUCGAGGCGUUGCAGGGAGGAAGAACCCGGCUCUGAAGUAAUGGAGGUGGCGAAUAACAUCUAGCAGUUAGCACCACGUUUGCACAGCCCUUCCUCCUGCUCACACUGCUCUUGCACACUGCAACACUGAAGAAUCAUGAGCUCAUGCAGAAGCUGCAAGCGAUUCUCCAUUUUAGUGUUGUUAGCACCAUUAUUUCAGGCCUGGCACUCACCAGGACGCACAACAGUCCCAGUUUCAGUUCUGAUACAACCUACACCAGACAGACGAAAGAUCAUCUUGUACUCAUCCCAAGGUGAAUAUAUUCUAAAUAUUCUAAAUUAGCAUCAAUCCCCAAUCCCCUAUUUCAGUAUAUUCUACUUCCAAACUAUCACCCUCAUAUAAAAAGGAACACAAAACGCUCUGUGUCUCUUUCCUCCACUGCAACGUCUGAGUUGAAACAGUAGAAGUGCUUACAGAAAGCCAUGGUUAGUGUUACCCUGGAAGGAUCCAGGACGGCAUACCAGAACCUGGUUUUGGCAUCUGGGAACCACUUUUCAGCCAUAUAUAUCACCGUUCCUGCAUGCACUCGGGUCCACACAAAAUUAGCCCUAAGGAAUGUGAGUUCAAAAUUUGCUUUCCAGAAGUACUUAAGUGCAGGAGCUAAAAUUUGCUCUUUCUAGAUUUCCUACCUGUUUAAGAGAGAAGGAACAAAAUUCUGGCCCUUUGUUACUUGGGCUCCUUCCCGGGAAGAUGUGCAAAGCCUGUGCCUGGCGCUCUGGGUCUGCUGUUUGUAGCCUGAACCAAGACUUUUCAGGCAGCAGCUCCCGAGGUGAGCUCGCCACCUGCCCUUUGCCUCGCGGUUUGCUUUGGGCUCUCUUUUUCAGUAAGAGCUGGAACACAUGUGCACACUGGGGUGGGUUUUUUCCCCCAUGCCUGCAGCGCUGGCUGCAAACCAAACGCCAGCACAGGGCAUGCAGCUGGGAGAGACGAAGCCCAAGCACCUGGGGAAUGUUUUCUUGCCCCUGGGAGCUCCAGCAUUUACUGCUCAGUGCCACGGCUGGCACUCGCUGCAUCCAGCAGCCAGCUGGGUUUGCCUUCCUCUGGGCUCCAGCUGGAGCAAAGUUGCGAGGGGGAUGCAUUUGACAAAGGUUUGAUCUUAUUUUAAACUGAUGCCAUUUGGCCUGCUGCACGACUGCCUUGCAAAUGGUCCCAAGAGAGCUGCCUUGCCCCCAGACGUGUAUUUUUGUCCCCACAAUUGAGCUCUGAGCUGCAUUUUCACCGCUCUGACACCAAUGUCACAGCCACAAAAGCAGGGAGCACACGGGUUGCUCAUCCAGGGAUCCGGAGUGUUUUGUGCAACCAGCUAGCCCUAACCCUGCUCCAGACCCCCCUGGAGGCAAGGCCCCCAGCAGCCCCCAGUACCAACCUCAGCCCCACAGCUCGUGCAGGAACAGCUCAGAAUCACUGAAAAGGAACAAACACCAAAAAGGACCAACCACCAAAAAGGAGCAGGGUACUUCAGAGCACACUGGCACUUUGCUCUGAUUGCCGCUCGGGGCUGGAUGCAUGGUGAGAAGCAGGGUAUUUCUGUGCUGUCUUGGGGUGAUUUAUUUUCGCAGUAAAAUGAGAUCUUAGAGCUUUUCACUGUUUAUUUACAGCUUUACAAGGAUUUGUGGUAAGCUGAUGGCUUGUCCAGGGUGGCUGAAGAUGCGGUGUGGGCAGCAUGGAGCCACCCUGCUCUGCGAAGGGGUGCCCACCUGCAACAAAUGUGGCCGGUUCCUGAGAUAUCAGAUAAAAUGGAAGCCCUGCCCUGCUCGUCUCAGCUGUGCCUGGAGGAAGGCUGCCAGCAAACCCUCCUGGGACAGCACUUUGAUGCUGCUGGGCCAUCCUCACCGCACCCAGCGCCCACACACUCCUCCUCCCCAGGCCCUUUCCCACUUGGCUGGAGGGUCUCAAAGAGCCUUUUUCUCCAUGCAUGCCUGCCUUUCCCUUGGACCCUCUCCCAGGGCAGAAGCGAUCCCGUCCUAUCGGCCUCAGAAAUCCUCGGUGGCUCCUCGGAGGCCUGCAGCCUCCUCCCAAACCCAGAGCACAAAGGCUCAACGCGGCAUUCCUGUUCCCUGCUCUGCAGGAACAGCUGUACCAAAAAGAUGCCGAGAAUCCCUGCGAGGCUCCAAGGAAAAGAUAUUAACCCAGGAGGGGAGCAGCGGUGCUAUAAUAAAAAACCAUUAUAAAAGAGAGAAGCCACUGAGUGGAUUAGCAGCCCAAACCUUGCUUGGCUUUUGGUCUCUUUUCCUCCAGCUCUACUGCCCUGCCGGGCAGUCUGCGCCGGUUCCUCCCCACGAAGGGAAGCUCAGCUCCCGAAUUUCAGAUGGGUCUCCUCUGGGGGAGUCCCCCUGCAGUAUGGGGCUGGGUUUCACACAACCCGAGCACCCAGAGGGCACACGCACACAUAGCUGCCAUUUCACACUGGGUCAGACGAGCUCCCUGAAGCCUCCCCUCCAGCUUGGUCCUUGCAAAACAAACUGCAGCCACGUUACAGCCCCCAAGAAGUGAAGGCACACACUGGUCGCAGCCAGCACAAGGCGUGCAAGGACACAUUCCCCUGCACAAACAGCCGGGGCGAUGCCGGGCGCAGAGCAUUUGCUGCGUGGGGCCACCAGCUGUGCCAAGAAUUUCGCUGUUUGGGGGAGAAGGGAGCACGUGGGGCUCCUGCACCCGCAGCUGUUCCCUGCCCGCAGCCCUCCCAGCCAUGCAGGGCAUUUAAAUUUUAAAGCACACUCCCCACGGUUGUUUUCUCCUCCGUCUCCACUGGCUCGCACAGACCCCGUCCACAGGAGCUGCUGGUCCCCGAGGCACUCAUGGGCUCGCUGGUGGCCAAGCUCCUCCUGCCCACCAUCAGCACCUUGGUCUUCCUCCCCACCAUCAGCAUCGCGGCCAAGCGGCGCUUCCACAUGGAAGCCAUGGUCUACUUCUUCACCAUGUUCUUCGUGGCGAUCUACCAUGCAUGUGAUGGCCCCGGCUUAUCAGUGCUGUGCUUCAUGCGCUACGAUAUCCUGGAGUACUUCAGCAUCUACGGGACAGCUCUGUCCAUCUGGGUGUCCCUGAUGGCCCUGGCUGAGUUCGAUGAGCCGAAGAGAUCGACCUUUGUCAUGUUCGGCGUGCUCACCAUCGCCGUGAGGAUCUACCACGACCGCUGGGGCUACGGCGUCUACUCGGGACCCAUCGGGACCGCCGUCCUGGCGAUCACUGUGAAGUGGCUACAAAAGAUGAAGGAGAAGAAGGGGCUGUAUCCAGACAAGAGCGUCUACACCCAGCAGAUCGGUCCUGGCUUCUGCUUCGGGGCGUUAGCACUGAUGCUGAGGUUCUUCUUUGAGGAGUGGGACUACACCUACGUGCACAGCUUCUACCACUGCGCCCUGGCCAUGGCCUUCGUGCUGCUGCUGCCCAAGGAGAACAAGAAGGCCGGGGGCGCUGGCAGCCCCGCCAGGCUGGACUGCUCCACGCUCUGCUGCUGCGUCUGAGCCUCCGGCACCUGCUCCUGCGCCUGGGCACUGGAGGGCUGCGACCACGAGCAAGGUGCUGCCCGCUGUGCUCUCCUUGGGACCUUCUCCCACCAGUUCUGCGCACGCCCUGGGCUUUUCUUCCAUGGAAAGGCUUCAUCCUUCCACCAUCAUAACGCCUUAUGCAUUUCCAGUGUGCUAAAUUCCUGUACUUCUCCCUGGAGGAGCCCUUGUUUGGGAUGUGCUCCUGUCCCGUGGCCCUGCAGCAGGUGCUGGGGACCUUGGUGUCCCUCCGUGCGCUCUCGGCCAUGUCACCUCCCCGCCGUCCCCUGUGCUGGCCCCGGAGGACCCAAGACGUCCCCUCCUUUGGGUUUGCCCACCCUGAGCGCACAAGGUUCUGUUUGUAACGCCCGGUUAACAGAGCCUGUAUUUUUGUGAGAUAUUUCCUAUUUUAUUUAUGCAUUCUCUUGAUGUAAAUAAUACUUAUCAGCAAAGACUCUUUGCAAGCGUGCAGUACCAGCUCUCCUUAAACGGCGCAAAAACCUUUCCAGGUCAGCUGCUGCUCACCCCAGCUCAGGCAAGGGCAGCCCUAGAGCACAGCCCAAGGCACGGCCACAACCUUCCCUGGCCCAGAGGUGGCUGCAGCAUCGGUCACUUUGUCCCCGCCAACCUGCUGGGGUGGCGCAGGCAGCAGGUGUGCUUGCAGCGAGCCGCGUUAGUCUGGAAAGCACAUGGAAAACGAGAGGCACAGCAAAGAAGCUCCUGGAGCGGGGGGGAGGGCUGUAAGCCUCUAACAUCUCCUAUAACAGACUAUUUACUAUAGCAGAAGUGUAUGAUUUAUUUAGACUGUCUGGGAAAAACGCCAGGACUAUAUGUCAUGGACAAUUAGAGCGGUAUUGAUAUACAGUGAUGUCCACAGAAAGCCCACAUUAAGCCUGGGCUCCUCUGGAAGAGAAAUCCACCCCAGUCAUUCAUCAGAGCCACUUCCUGCGACGGGGCAACAACCAAAGCCGAACGGGUUUCCAACAAAAAUAUAAAUGAAUCACGAAGCCCCGAGAGUCCAGGAGUCACUGGCGAGAUGGCGCUGCGGUGGCAAGGCCAGCACAGCUGUGCGCGGGGGCAGCGCUAGCAAGGGGGUCCCAGGGGGCUCGCCAAGGACCGAAACCAACCCAGCCCUGCUGUGCAUGAGCAGCCAGCCCCCAGGAAAAUUUGCAAGGUGCUGCGAGGGAAUGCAGGCAACGCUUUCCCCAUUGCUUUCUGAGCAAGUCGCUGCGUCCCUGAGCACACCAGGCUGGGGUGCGCUACCCCACGUUCAAAUACUCACCCAGCCACCUGUGCAUGCCCUUUACCACUUGCUGCAGCCACAGACCAGAGGCAGCAGGCCCCCACGACUCAUUUUGUGAGUUUGGCCCCUCCAGGGUGGCGGUGAUACGAGUAUUCCCCAUGGCAAGCCUGGCUGUGCCAGCAUGGGAGAGCCUCACGCCUGUCCAGUGCUCCGUGCUGCGUAAAUGCAACGCAUUACGGGGCCUGAACACGAGCUGAAACAAGGCUGGCAAACCCCAUGCAAACCAGGAGGGCACAUUGCUGAGGUCCAGGUGAGUAAAUGAAAGCUCCUGCUCCCACCUGCCGCAUGUUCAGGUGUUACACC